AGAAUGUCUUUCAUAAAACAAAUGGAAAGGAAUAAAAACUAACAUUUUAUUUAUUAAUUUGUCUUUUUUCCACUAUCUACAACACAAUUUAUGGUCCGGAGCAGAAGCAGAGAGAACAGAGGCCCAGAGAUCCCAGCAGCAAUGGCCUCAGGGACUCCUGUAUGGGAAAUCCAAGCGGAAACCAACUGUCCCAUCUGCCUGGAAUAUCUGACGGACCCAGUCACCAUACAGUGCGGGCACAACUUCUGCCGGGUCUGCAUCACUCAGCACUGUGAGACAUGGGAAGAGCAGGACUCUGACCCCUUGUGCUGCCCCAGCUGCAGAGCCCGAAUCCAGAAAGGGGCUCUCCGAAAAAACCAUCAGCUAGCAAAUAUAGUGGAAAAAAUCAAACAAAUGGAUUUCAAACCAGGAAAUGAGAAUCUGUGUGAGAGACAUGGGAAAUCCCUGGAUCUGUUCUGUGAAAAGGCUGGGGAAGCCGUGUGUGUGGUUUGUUGGAGAUCCUCAGAGCACAAAUCUCACACAGUGCUUCUCAUAGAGGAGGCUGCCCAGAAAUACAAGGAACAAAUCCAGGCCCAUUUGAAGACUCUGUGGGAAGAGAGAGAAAAGCUUCUCGAAUUUAAAAUGACUGGAGAGAGAAAAAGCCAGGAGUAUUUGGUAAGGUGCCUGUUGUUAUAAAUUGGCGGGGACUGGCACUGGGAGGUCCAUUUGGAGGUAGAUUCCUAUAUGGCCUUGGUGAACAUGGACUUGUGUGUGUUUCUCCAUGAUCACAGAUUGCUGGGUUAGAUUCAUGUGUAGA